CCCCCAAGAGGCACAAAGAAUCCAAACAAAAGAAUAAAAAAAUAAAAUAAAAAUGGAGUCUUUCUUCCACGAAUUUCACAACCCAAUUCUGGAUUAUGCAUCUGAAUCGUCUUUCGAUUCCCCACAAUCCCAUUCCUUCUCCCCAUCUUCCUCAUCCUGGGAUGAUGUUCUGUUCCAGCACGACUCUGAUUUCCUUCUCCCCUUUAAUUUUCAUGACGCCCAAGAAAUGCUUCUGCUCGAUGUUCUGGCCGACGGUGGAAGUUCCGGUGGCGGUUCUUCCUCGUCUCCGAGUCCGAGAGAAUCAUUUGAGUCGAAUUCGUUCGGCGGCGUUAAGGAGGAAGAGGUCACUUCCACCACAGAAAAGGCAGAGCCAAAGAAGGAAAAGGGCUACAGAGGAGUCCGUCGGCGGCCGUGGGGAAAAUUCGCUGCUGAAAUCAGGGAUUCCACUAGAAACGGAAUCCGGGUUUGGCUUGGAACCUUUGACAGUGCUGAAGAUGCCGCCCUGGCUUAUGAUCAAGCUGCAUUUUCAAUGAGGGGUACCAUGGCGGUGCUCAAUUUUCCGGUGGAAGUCGUCCGGGAGUCGCUCCGGGAAAUGAAAUGCCGACCGGAAGAAGGGUGCUCACCGGUGUUGGCUUUAAAGAGGAGACAUUCACUGAAGAAGAGAUCAUCGUUGAGGAAAAGCAGAAUUGUAGAAGCAACGCCCAGAGCAGAGAAUGUCAUAGUUAUGGAGGAUUUGGGAACAGAGUAUCUUGAAGAGUUGUUAAGUUCGACGGAAAUUGCUGCCGGAUAUGGCCUGAGCAGAUGAUUUUACUUGCCGGUCAACUCAACCCCAAAUGGGUUCUUCGUUGAUUUUGUCCAUAUUUUUUUUUGUUGUUUCAUUGUCACGGUACGGUUUUGCAUUUUUGAAGCUGGAGUCGUCUCUUUCUUUUUCUUUUUCUUUUUCUUUUUUUGAAAGACAGUUUUAGGGGAUUAGUACCCUUACUUUGAGGAUAUUGUGAAGACAGAGAUGUAAAAUGAAAAUGAUGUAAUAUAUCCUACUAUAUUAGAAACAAAAAC